AGGUUUAGUAUAUAAGUUAAACUCACCUGCUUAAGAAAGUAUCUCAUGCAUCCUUUCAACAAAAGAAAAUGGAGCUUAUAAAAAUCAUCACUUUUCUCUGUCUUUUCUUCUCUUCUUUACUAGUUGAAUCACAUCCUUCAUUUCACCACCAAGACCAGCAGCUUUCUCUACCAAUACUGCAUAGAAAGAUAAUGUUCACUGAAAAGGUUAAAGAAUCUGAUGAAGCUAGACAUCUUGUAUCACAUAAGAGGAAAGAUUCCCUUCCUGCUGGGAAACAAAACAUGGAGGUUGGAAGCAAAGGAACAAGACAAGAGUGGAUGGAAUCAGAUGAUCCUUCACAAUACUUUACUAUGGAUUAUAAUCGUGUCAAAAGACGGCGUCCUAUACACAACAAGCAAUUGCCGGUUGGUCCAUAAACAUAUAGGAGAAGAUAUAUAGACCACUUUGAUCAUAUCUCUCCAAUAAAUAACACUACCUUAGGAAGUCUUUUUAAGGCUAAAGUUUUGCUAAAUGUGUAACAUUAGGAUAUAGGAAAAUGGGUUUUUAGUAUGAUGAUAGUCUUUCUUUUAUUUAAAAAGUGUAUGAUAUGACUUAGAGGACUUGUAUCAACAACUUAAUUAAACCGUUUAUUUGAAAUCAUUUCAUAUUGUGUAUAUAUAUUUGGGUAAUGUAAACCAGUGCCGUUCAGAA